AUGGCACUGGAGACCUCUGCACCCUUGCAAAAGCUCUUCUCUUUUUCUGAACUGGAGCUCACACCCUUCCAGCCUGGCCUGUCACACUGGAAGCGCCCUCAGAGAGCAUCUGGUCCUGCCCUGUCCAGGUCAGAGGAAAACGUGGCUGUCCGUGGGCGCCCAGCAGGCCCCCGGCGCCGCACAGACCACGUGGUCCCCAGCAAAUCCAACUCGUCCCAGGGCUCCCGGGGCUCUAGCCCUGGGUCUGAGCCCGCUCUGCUGGGCCCUGGCUCCUCCGCCUGUCGUCGGGCUGCCGGCGGCCCGAGCCUCCCUUCUGCUCCAGCUCGCCCUGCCACUGCCUCCCAGGCCCGGGUGGCUCCAUUGAUCCUGCAGUGUGGCCCCCAUCUCCUGCCGGCCACGGAAAUCCCACCCGUGCUCAGCCGAAGCCCAGCCUCCAGGAAACCCCCGCGCCGCUCGGCCCACUUCCUCCAGCCAGCCACGGGUGGGGACCCGAGGCUCUGGAUCCCAGCCGCCCUGGGCCACCGCGCGCGGCGUACGGAGCCAGGUGACGGCCUUCUGCGGCUGCCUCACUCCCCCGCCGCCUUGGGGCGCGAGACGCCCUGGGCCGCCCGCCCCGCGGGGCUGGAAGCCCGGAACCGCCACUGGGAGGCCGCGGGACGGAUCCUCCCUGCCCUGAUCCCGGGGGGUAUCCCUGGAGCAGAGUCCUGGGGCAGCCGGAGCUGUGUCCAGGGCGGGGGUGGCGCUCUGAGCCGGGCCCUGCUCUUACUGCUGCCGCCCAUUCCGGAUGAAGCCGUGGUCAGGCAGAGGGUCCCCCAGAGGUGCUGGAAGGUUGGCAGGCUCUGCCAUGGAAAUAAAGUCUACGCCGUUGCCAUCAGCGGCUCGACUCACCACGUGUACACGUGUGGCCACGGCUACAUUAAGGUCUGGGACGAGAGCGCUCUGCAUGCCUGCAACAAGGCCCCACAGGCCCAACUGGACUUGCAGGACCAUCAGAACUGCGUCCUUGCCUGCAAGCUGUUCCCCGACGGGCAGCGCCUCAUCACUGGGGGUCUGUCCCGGAACCUGACGCUGUGGGAUCUGGCACCCACACCCCGUGUCAGGGCACAGCUGGCCUCCUCGGGCCCCAUAUGCUAUUCCCUGGCGCUCUCCUCCAAUGCCCAGAUCUGCUUGGCUUGUUUCAAAGGAUUUGUUGAGAUUUGGGAUUUGCAGAACCAAAUCUUGAUCAGGAAGCAUGAGGUCCCAGAAUAUGGGUCCCGCUGUGUGGACAUCGCAGGCAGUAAGUUCUGGACAGGAGGAGAAGACACCAGACUAUAUUCCUGGGACCUGAGGUGCUACCAGAGGUUGCAGCAGCACGAAUUACGGCAAGAGAUCCUCAGCAUUACCCACGACCCCAGUGAGGAGUGGGUGCUAGUAGGCCUGAGGACAAGCGAUAUCAUCAUUCUCCACACGCACCGGAGGGAAAAGGUUAAGGCAGUCCUUCGUAAAUAUGUCAACCACCACAACCUCCAGUUUGCCUCCUGUGGGAGCUAUUUUGUGACCGCACUGGACGAGGCGAUCCACUGCAUAGCCGCACCUUCUCUACAAACGUUGUUUCAGGUAGAGGAGCCUACGGACAUCCUGUGUUGUGAUGUGUCUUCUGACAACCAGUAUCUGGUCACGGGUUCCAAGAACAGUGCCACGGUUUACCAGCUCUUGUACUGAAGUUUCCGUGCCAUGUUCCUGCUGGUGAAGACCCAGAGGAGGCUGGCAGGCUGAGGGGAGGGCAGCCUCCGUGGCCUCGAUAGCGCUGCCAGACCCUCGGUGGCCGGGCCUCUGUCCAUUCCCUCCCCCCCCAGGACACGCCUAGCCUGUGUGCACAGGUUUUUAUGAUACGGCGUAGGGAUUUUUCUUCUGUUAGUAUUCUUACCACUGAUUUCUGGGUUUGGGUGGGGAAACUUGCCUUUAUAAUUAACAAAAUAGAAGAGCAAAAACCAAAA